UUUCACUAACUUCCAAGACGACGCAGCAAUUCAACGUGUUGGAACCAUUUCCCUUUUGCAUUGUUUCUCCGGGGUGGGAAAAGCUUGUUGGACCAAUUUAUUAAAACACACAAGUGUAGCAAGUAAUGGCUUCAAGCUGUCCCGCUAGAGCUGGAGAUAGUAAUCCAGCAACACCCGUGUCGCAGUUUCCCAAGGAUGAUGUUUGUGAGAGUUCCAAUGAUGGCAGUCAGGCACCUAAACGCCGCAGAAUGGGAUCUGGUGAUAGCUCUAGAAGUUGUGAUGCUUCUAGCCAAGAUUUAGGGUGUACUUAUUUUCCUGCAGAGAAUUUGAUUGAAUAUAAAUGGCCCUCCGAUGACAUGGGUGAUUUCUACAUGUUGCAGGAACAAGUCAGUGAAUAUCUUGGAGUAACUUCAUUUAAACGUAAAUAUCCUGAUUUGGAAAGAAGAGACCUUUCUCACAAAGAAAAACUUUAUCUUCGGGAACUGAACGUCAUUACAGAAACACAGUGUACCUUGGGUUUAACAGCUGUUCGAAGUGAUGAAGUAAUUGAUCUCAUGAUUAAGGAGUAUCCUGUCAAACAUGCUGAAUAUUCAGUUAUUCUUCAAGAAAGAGAACGUAUGAGAAUCGCAAAGGAGUAUUCGCAAAUGCAACAACAAGCACCACAAAAAGUGGAACUAAGCAGGGUACCAGAAUAUAUUAAGAAAGCUGCCAAGAAAGCUGCAGAAUUCAAUAUUAAUUUUAACAGAGAAAGGAUGGAAGAAAGACGAGCUUAUUUUGAUCUUCAAACUCAUGUUAUUCAGGUGCCUCGUGGAAAGUUUAAAGUUCUGUCACCUGAGAGAACAAAGACGGGACCAUAUCCUGUUGCACUAAUUCCAGGACAGUUUCAGACCUAUUAUAAAAGGUAUUCCCCGAAUGAAUUACGUUACCUGCCUCUGAAUACAGCUUUAUAUGAGCCUCCCCUAGAUCCAGAACUACUAGCACUUGAUAGCGAUGGGGAUUCAGAUGAUGCAGAGGAAGGCCAUGGUGAUGAAAAUAAGAAAAAUAAAGGCAACACAGACUGUUCUUUGGGAAAUGCAUCAGAAGAUGACAGUACCAUUGAAAUCCAAGAGGGUACCAUUCAUGGAAAACAUAAAAUCAAAGAGAAGGUUUUCACUUCUUCUUAGGACAAUUCUGGAUAUAAAACUGAAGAAUAAAUUUAGUAACUUGGAAGUAUUGUUGUUAUUAAGGUAAUUUAGUAGUAUCUGUUUUUCCUUUUUUUUUCUUUUUUUUUUGUUGUUUGUAUAUAGCAUAUAUAAAAUCUGUAAUAAGCUAAUCAGGAGCAUGUUUACUUAUAUCAAUAUGCUGUCAUAAUUACCUGUUUAAUUUGUUUUCUAUUUGUUUGAAAAAUUAUAAAAUUUAAAUAUGGUUAUUUAUUUUGGAAAUGCAGUUCACUUUUUAGUGCCUGUAUAUGUUUUUCAUUAUAUCCUGUAUUAUUUCAACAUUUGUACAAAUGUGGUCGUAGUAAAUCUAUAUAUAUAUAAUUUCUAAACUGUGAUAUGUUUUAGCUGUAGCUAUCCAGCUGAAGAUUUUUAGCUUCCCAAUAUUCCCAGUUCUAGAACUGCUGCCCAAGAAAUGUUGUUAUUGAUCACCCAACCCAAUAUUUCAUUGACCAGCAUUCUCCUCUCUUACACAUAUAUGAAACUGUAGAAUACCUUUUAUCUUAAAGGCACUGCACAGAUGUAGCCUUCUUCUGACGUUUGGUUGCCCAACAAAGUUAUCUAGAGCAAUCCCCUCCACCAUAAAUUAGCUUGAAGUUGAGUACAGAAAGAAACAAAAUUCAAUUAAAUCAUGAAAAGCUGUCAUAAUAGAAAAUUAAUUCCUGUUUUAUUUUGUGUUUCAUGCUUUUUGAGGCAUAUGCUGAUUAACGGGGUUCAGAGUGUUGCCAUUGUUUUAAGAUUAUACAAAUUCAGCACACAAGUCUUAGUUUAGUUAACUUUAAGAGUUAACUGCAAAGAAUUAAAGUUUUUCAAAAUGGAAUAUAAUCAGUAUUCUAAUAAAUAAAUAUCUUGUAGGUUUCAUGAAAAUUGGUUUACAUGGUCCAGUCCCAACUACUUUAUUUUCAAUUUGUAAUAAAGUACUUUGAAUUUUCUGUAUUUUUGACUUUUCUCUGUUGCAUUCUCUGUUUGUCUUUAGUUAUUUAUUUACUAUCUGCAAAAUGAGUCCAAAAUAAUAGGCGAUGUCUGUGUCAGAUCCUAAACCCAUGCUUUUUCAUGCAUUCUGAUAAAUAAAAAUAAAUUUUCAAGUUGAA